UUAGGGUUUCCUUGGCGGCUGCGAUUUAUUUUAGGCUUUUUUGGCCCAAUCAAAACUACAUGGGCCAGACUUACGUGACCCAAUAAACUACUUUGAUUACAAUAUUAAAACAUAUCUUUUCCAUUUCUGGCUACACCAAUCCAUAAACACUAAAAAGGGAAAGAACGAUGGCGUUUGAGCUCGUGUUCAUACCGUCGCCGGGAAUUGGUCAUCUCCGGUCAACAGUCGAGUUAGCAAAGCAACUCGUCAACAGCAACGAUCUCCUUUCAAUCACCAUAAUCAUCAUUCCUCACUCUUCCGGUAAAGACGCCGGCAGCGACUCUAUCGCAUCCCUCUUCACGGCGGCUCGAGACCGCCUCCGGUACAUCACCAUCUCCGUCGCUGAAAAACAAACCGGAGAUUCACUACCGGCUCAAUUCUACAUCAAGAAUCAAAUCCCGCAAGUGAGAGAGGCGGUGGCGAAACUCUUGGACGGCUCGCCGUCGUCGCGCCUCGCCGGAUUCGUUGUGGACAUGUUCUGCACCUCGAUGGUGGAUCUAGCUAACGAGUUCGGAGUCCCGAGUUACAUGGUGUACACAUCGAACGCUACGUUUCUUGGGAUCACGCUCCAUCUCCAGUCCAUGUUGGACGAAGAAAAGUAUGACGUCAGCGAGCUGGAUGACUCAGUGAGCGAGUUGGAGUUUCCGUGUUUGACUCGUCCUUAUCCUGUGAAAUGUCUUCCCUAUAUCUUCGCCUCGAAGCAGUGGCUACCUUUCUUCUUGGACCAAGCAAGAAACUUCAGGAAAAUGAAGGGUAUUUUGGUCAAUACAGUUGCUGAGCUGGAACCUCACGCUCUGAGACUUUUCUCCAGUGGUGGUGGUGAUGGUCAUCUUCCUCAAGCUUAUCCUGUAGGACCAGUGUUGCAUCUGGAAAACGGAACUAACGAUUCCACUGACGAGAAACGAUUGGAGAUUCUGUCGUGGCUCGACGAGCAACCAGAGAAAUCGGUUUUGUUCCUCUGUUUUGGGAGCAUGGGAGGUUUCAACGAGGAGCAAACGAGAGAAAUCGCCACCGCGCUUGAUCGAAGUGGACACCGGUUUGUCUGGUCUCUCCGUCGCGCAUCGCCGGAUAUAUUGAAGGAGCCUCCCGGAGAUUACACGAAUCUCGAGGAAGUGUUACCGGAAGGGUUUUUGGACCGGACUUCGGAGAGAGGGAAGAUAAUCGGAUGGGCUCCACAAGUGGCGGUGCUAGCAAAACCGGCGAUCGGAGGAUUCGUCACUCACUGUGGAUGGAACUCGAUGCUUGAGAGCUUGUGGUUCGGCGUUCCGAUGGUGACGUGGCCGUUGUACGCCGAGCAGAAGGUGAAUGCGUUCCAGAUUGUGGAGGAGCUGGGAUUGGCGGUGGAGAUAAAGAGGUUCUUUAGGGGAGAUUUGUUGGCCGGAGAGAUGGAGACGGUUACGGCGGCUGAUGUAGAGAGAGCGAUAAGGAUUGUGAUGGAGAAGGAGAGUGACGUUAGGACUAGAGUGAAGGAGAUGUCUGAGAAGUGCCACGUGGCGUUAAUGGACGGUGGAUCUUCGAAGGCGGCUUUGCGAAAGUUUAUUCAAGACGUGAUAGAGAAUGUUGUGGCUUAAAAAUUGGAUGGUGCGAAUAUGUGGAGGAAAGUGAAAGGGAAAUGGAGACUUUCACGUUGAAUUCGAGAUAUGAUGGCUUUUAGUUCCAAAGUGGUUAUGUUUUAUUUUAUUUUUUUUCUGUUUGGGUGUAUUUUUCCGGCCAACGUGGUUAUUUUGAAUUGUUGUCACAUUUUCUUCAAUUUGUCCCAUAAAAAGGUUUAGUUUUGUAUAUGCAAAGGUGUCUUAAGAUAUUUAUAGGAGAACCUUUUAAGAGUUAAACGUA